UAUAUUUCCUAGUGUUAUCCUAGCCUGCGAUCCCACCAUCUCCUACCGUCUUUAUCACACCUGCAUGGCUCCUAUAUCUCUGGCCAUCCUGAUAAUCUUGUCUCUGUUGGUGAAGCGCAAGAGCUUCUAUAAAAGCUCUUGGAAUGGAGCACCUGGACUGCUGAGCCCUGUGAAUUUCUUGGAGGCGGAGGGCCACCAGGGGCUGGUGGCAGCAGUGUUUGGAAUCCUCUUCUCUUCUGUUUGUGUGCUGGUGCUGGAUACCGACCCCCUGCCUUUCAUUGCCAGCUCCUCCCCACGUAGUCGAGAGUAUUGGAAGAUCAUGGCUUUGCUCUAUUACCCUGCCUUCUAUUAUCCUUUAAUUGCAUGCGCCACAAUCAGACACCGAGCCGGGUACUUCGUAGGCUGCUUGCUCUCCUGGUGCCACUGUGUGGUCCAUAUCUGGCAGAAAGUGGACUGCCCUCAGUCGCCCAAGAUUUACAGGUAUUAUUCCCUGCUGUCUUAUGUUCCUAUUAUCCUCUGCCUCAUUGUCCUGAGCAUUUGGUAUCCAGUGCUGCUUGUCAGGAGCUUCACACAGGAGAAACCAGCUGCUAGAGAGGUUGUAGGGAGUGGCUAUUACAAUGAAUACCUGAAGACUAUCCUGGCCAAAAGAACACACAAAAGAAGCUCCAGGAAAGUAAGUCUCCUUUCGAGGGCCCAGAUGUAUUUACGUUCUUACAUCUACACACCCCAGGAAGGGUUCCAGGUUCCUCUGAAGCUGGUUCUCUCUGUAACCACAGCCGUGAUUGCUGUUUACCAGGUGGCCUUGCUGCUGCUCGUCGUCUUCAUUCCCAACAUUCAGAUAGUGAGGGCAGGGAUGACGAAGGAAAUCACCGUCCUUCUGGUUCAGUUUGGUGUUGUGCCCUCGGAGAACCCGGGAGGUGUCCCUGGAGACAUGGAGCGGGAGCUAGACACAGUCAGAUACUAUCUCUGGUCACUGGAAGUGUGCUAUGUCUGUUCCCUUGUGCUCUCCUGCCUGCUCACCUUCUCCAUGCUGAUGAGAUCCCUGGUGAUGCACAGGGCCAAUCUGAAGGCUCUGUACCGAGGGGAUGUCCUAGAUGUCUUCUACCGUGCCCGGAUGCUCUGCCCUUCCCAACAGGCUCUGGUCUGUUGGAUGAGCUUUGCCAGCUUCCAGACUGCAUUUGCCUGCUUGGGUCUCCUCACCCAGCAAGUGAUUUUCUUUGUCUGCACCGUGGGCUUCACCUUCCUAGUGGUCAUUCCACUCCAGUCAGGCACAAAUAUGCAUCUGUUUAAAAUCCUGGAGAACAUGUGGCCCUUCUGGCUGACGCUGGUGCUUGCUGUGGUCGUGCAGAACUUGCUUGCUCAUUUCCACUUCCUAGAGAAACACCACCUGCAGAAGGAGCUGACCAACAGGCGAGCUCUCUGCAUCAUGACCUACCUGCUCUUCCCCAUCAAUGUCCUGGUGGGGGUCAUGGCCGGGGUCUGGAGAAUGGUCAUUUCUGCACUUUACAACGCUGUCCAUUUCUGCCAGCUGGACAUCAGCCUGCUGAAUCGGGGCGUCGAGGCUUUCGAUCCAGGUUACCGCACUUACUGUCAUUACUUGAAAAUUGAGGUCAGCCAAUCACAUCCUGUGAUGAAAGCCUUUUGCUUCUUGCUUCUCCAAUUACCUGGCCCAGAGGGGCAGACAGGACUCAAACCCACUGAUGUGGAAGAAGGGAUCCAGCUGAUGCAGCCUGUGAAGGGGCUGCUGAAGGCAUCCAAGUCCAAGCAGACGAGAGCCCGGUGGGGUCUGGCCUACACCCUCCUCAACAACCCAUCACUCUUGGCCUGCCGAAAGACUGUGCUUUCUGACCCCACAGCCAAUGGGACCCAGUCUUGCCCUGCCAAGUCCUGACCUCCACCGAGGAGCCCUCCCCUUUCUCUGGGAAGUGUUCCAGCUCUGCUCACUGCCUCCUCUCUCCUUCUCAUGUGUCCCACCACCCCACAGCAGCAACCUUGGCUCUGCGGAGCCCUAGAGCAAGGCUGCACCCCAUUGCCUGCCUGCCUGCCUUUGAGACCAGGGCUGUUUCCUUAGGGCAGCAUGGAGCUAAGGGAGAUGGUCUGCCUGGUAACCUUGCCCAGAGACUGAGCUUUAAAGCCACCCAAAGCCAAGUCUUUGCUCCUCAUGCUACACCUGGGAAACCUGAAGCAACUCAAAGGUCCCCCUUAGGAACCUUUCCGAUUCAAUACCUGGUGGGCUCGCAAGUGAAAUGAGUUUGAUGAUCUCAGAAUUUUUAUCCCAAUUGACCUUCCACCAUGCAGUUUGGCACCUUUGAGUCCCUGCUGAGAGGAGGUAGGGGCUUGAAUGGGAGAGAGAAGGGGAGCUACAGAAUUGGGGGGUGUUAGCCAAACUGAGAGGAAAGAGCUGGAUCUGCCCCUAGCCAGUAUGAUCUACCCUGCAUUUCAGAAGGCACCACCAUCAUCCUCCCCACCAGCCCCUCAAGAUCCUGCAUUGGAGUCUCACCUGGAUCCCCUUAGACACACCAGGUAGUGGCAGGUUUUUUCAGAUUGCCUUUGUGCCUUUUUCAUGUAGAGGCAGCCAUUCCAUAGAAAAGCCCAGCACUAAGGAGAUUCUGAUGAAGCAUUUAUGAAGGAAUAUGGCUUCAUACCUUUAAAGAAAAAUAAUCCCUUUUAAAAUAUAUUUUUCACAUCUUUUCUAUGGUUUUUAGUCCUCAUUGCUGACAGGUCGGGUCUGAUAAAUAGACUGCAGGUUCUGUAGCUUUGUAAAAUUGGAAAUGUGCCCUCGAUGCUUUCACAACAAAAUGGCAGAGUGAUCUCUCUGUUUUGUGUGGCUCCUCUAUACUGCGUGUCCCUCUGGCUUCUCAUACUCUGCUCAUGUCCUUGCCUCCACUUUUCUGGCAAACUGGAGGCAUGUGUCUUCCUGCACCCGCCCCCCCCCCGCCCUAUUUUUUUUUUAAACAAAUGAUUCCUUGAACUCUGUUCUUAUUCUAUGAGAGGAGAGCAGGUCAGAUUGGGAGUGAGCUGAGCUAGUAUUUGUAGAGUACGGUGAGUUUAAACCCCCUUGGCAGGGUGAGGUGGGAAUAAUAAACAGUGUGCCUCUUUCCUACUGC